AUGGGCAACUACGGUUCCACGACCGUGACGAAAUCCAAGCUGUUCUUCGGUAUUAACACCAACUCUCCUGGAUCCGGAAGCGCUGCGAGGUCCUGGGGUCCGGGGGCCAGCGUCGCUCGGAGUCUUCCGCUCGUAUGGUCCCACUCCACCGUCGUGGAUGCCCCUAAGGCCUCCACAGAGAGCGGGGGAGAGGUAGAGAGGAGGGAUGUGUUCCACGUAGGAGACCAGCUAUUCCUUCCCGGGCUGCGGUCUAGCCGGGUCGUUGCUGAUUGUUUUGACCCGUACUCAGCAGGGCCUAGGUCGAGCCUGCUUUUGGAUCACGACGGGUCGGCACCGUUCAGGGCUGAGGUCAAGCCUGAUUCGAUGCAAGGAAUAAAGAACAUCGAGGUGGUAGACGGGAGAGACGUGGGCCUGGAUGAAGACCUUGCAGCAUUAAAGAAGUAUCUACCAAAGAAAGUCAAAGGAGGACACGUUCUCUUAGAUGAAGUUCCCAUCACUCUAGGAUUCCAAGGAACCAUCACAUCGGAAGCUCUUUCCGAACACUGGAAAUGGAUCGUGGAUAUGAAUUCUUUGGUAAAGUCGAUCACAGUCUCUUUUCGCCCCAACGACCAGUCCUUCUUGAGAGACAUCCCUCUCCAGGAUGUGAGGCCUGGCGGUUACAAGAUAAGAAUUUUAGAGAGCGUGAUGAGGAAUUCUAGAAAAAUAGCAGAGCUGUUUCUUGCCAUUCUUGAUUACUCCCGACGGAUCUUCAUAUCUAGUGAGAAGACACUUCCGUUGGAUAUAAAACAGUCUGGGAAUGGAUUUCUUCCAGUCCUUUUUCCCAUUCCCUCUUGCUUCUCCAUUCAUCCUGGUGAAUGUAAGGAUGAGAAGACUUAUGAGGCCGUGAGAUGCUCUUUCGCCGUUCAAAGUAUAUACGAGGAAUACUCCAAGUCAUCCGAGAAAAUCCCACUUUUCGUCGUGGUUGAUCAUCAGGAGAGAAGGAAUGCUCUCGUGAACGUGUUCACUUUCCUCUAUCCAUCCAUUCCUCUCCUUUUCCUCAACUUCAACUGGAGCCGCCAUGUAUGGGAUUUCCAUGGAAAUGUUGUAUCUGAAGUCUUGCUCCCCAUCGUCGUCGUGACUGAAAGUGAAAUGAUUGGAUGCCAUUUGACAAAUGUGACAGUGGUAAUCGAUAUUGCUCAGUCGAAAUGGCAAAACUACGCUAGACUGAUAGCAACAACUGGGGAUAGGAGAAAGAUCAUCGUAGUAGAAGAAGAACAACUGAGGAUAGGGAAGUUUUCUCGUGUAAGAAAGGAAAUCUCAGGCUGGGAGACAUGGGAAAUAAUGAAAAGCGUCGACAAAAAUCUAAAGGUAAGGCUGGAGAAGGCCAUGAAACAAUGUCAUGUGAAGAAAAUCGACUAUUUGGAGGAGGAUACUUUCCCUCCUGCGCCCUUCCCUGGAAUGAGUAUAGAUUGGAAUGGGAGGGAAGGAGAGGAGCGUGAUGUAAAUUUGAUGCUUAGAUCUUGGCUAAGUGGAAUAUUCGGUCCCCCUGCUUCUGGAAAAUCCAGAAGAGUGGACGUGCUCAUUAGCCGAGUGACAGAGAGGGGAGACCGAGUCCUCCUUCUCCACUCCGAAAGUGUGUUGUCCCGGAUAGCAUUCCGACAGCGCUGGGAAGGAAAGGACAAUGUCGACUUUGAAGGCUUUGAUUCAAACAAAAUCAACUCACUUCAGGAUAUCAUUAACCGUGUGCAACGGAUUCAGAGAGAGGAAAAGAGGAAGGAGAAACAUUUCAUGGGUCGAACUAUCUUGAAAGCAAAAAUAUCAAAGGAAGAAGAAAGGGAGAAGAGGGAGAAAAAGAAGCAGAGGAGAGAGGAAGGAGAGGCAAGGACUGAGAAGGGAUUCGGAAAAAAGCAAGAAAUGGGUCUCUUGAACGUGGUUGUUGAAGACUGUCCAUUAUUGAAGGACUUUAAGUUGAUCAUAGAGAAACUGAAAGAGAUGAAAAUACGGCUGAUACUUGCCUUCAAGCCCCAUUCGGAAGACGCCGAAGGGGAAGCGGUUGAGAGAUACAUAAAAGUCCUUCAAGAUAACCCAGAGAGCACUGCAAUUGUACUUCGAUCGCAACCAACUAACGUCCAUCUUCUUAAGCAUAUUCAGAAAAACGAGACUGGAAAAGCUCUGCAGUUGAAGGCAGGGAAUCUCUCUGUGUCGUCUGUGCCUGCCGCCAUCGUCCUUGGGCCAGCAGUGCGAUGGUUCAAGUGCUCAGGACAACAUUUGGGAUACAUCUGCAAGGGAAUGAGUUCAUGCAGUAAAGCUGUGGCUCUUGCAUCUUCCCUCUCUCAUAGAGUCCUUCCGCGUCAACUUAGCGGAUAUUCAUCUGAAAUCCUGGUAUCAAGUGAAGAACUGCUAACGUCCUUGCAAACCCUGAAAACCCAUCUUGAUAUCCAUGAUGUGAAAGUGAUUCACCCAAAGGACUUUCGUGGGUCGGAGGCUUCAGUUGUCAUUACUGUGGAUGUCGGAGACGACUGGUUACUGGAAGCGAUCUCCCGCUCAAGAAAUCAACUCUUCAUCAUUGACAACAUCCCUAGCCACGAAGACCUCUGGAAGACCAUGAUGGAAGAACAACGUGUUCAGACCUGGGAUGACCCCAUUCCCUGGGACAACGAAGCAUACUCAAGAAUAUUUUUAACACUGGAUGAGGAGGAACAAUUUCUAAACUUCCAACACAGUCUUUGUUUCUUCUGGAGAAACGAAGACAAUGCUGAACAGGAUCGGCAAGGAGUGGCUCAGGGCAUCAAUCCGCAAGAGCGAAUUGCGGUGGCAGAAAUGUGUCCACCAAAAGGGGACUACGUGCAGAAGACAAAACAUGAAAUUAUCAAGCUUUCUGAUGGAGGAAUGAAGGCCUGUGAGAUCGCUGCCAAGACGAACCUUGACCAGAGGAAUGUGAGGACCAUUAUUAAGGAUAAAGAGCGGCUCCUCUCCGAGGUGAAGAGUGCUCGCCCGAUGAAUUAUACGAUUAUUCGGAAGCGUCACGGCCUCGUUGCCGAGAUGGAGCCGACUUGGAAAGAUGCAGGACAGAGAAUCGGAGUGACGGCGCUGAAAAGAGGCUUACUCGACCAGGACACCGGCAACGUCCUUUCCCUCUCUCAGAUGAUUUGGAAGGCUCUCGACGGAGUUUUACCUUUACCACAUUUCUCUUCCCCUUUCACCGACUGGGGAUAUGCUACACGGCUCUCCUAUUCCGGAGCUCAGCAUUCGCUGCCUCUUGCUGUUCAGCGGUCUGGGCGGCCCUAUGCUCCCUACGUUCAUGUGCUUGCUAUUUAUCACCGAUUCUAG